GCCAGGGCACUGAAUUAAUUGAAAGUCUUGCCUCGCCGUUACCUAAUAAGGACAGUUGGCAAAGUCACCCCCUGCAAGUCCUCGAGGCCAUAAGCUGUUGAAUUAUGCAAGAGCAGAGCAGCUUGUUUGUUCCUUCAAAGCAUGAAUCAAAAGUAAAAAGCAUCAUGGUACACACUGAGGAUGGAUGGUUUGGAUGAUUUGGAUGGUUGGAUGGCAGCAUCCAGGCGCUAGGACCCAGGACACGUGAGCACGAUUAGUUUGCCAGAGGGUGGAGACGGUGAACAAUGAGGGAGCUGACUGGUAGGACCAGCAGAGGAGCAAGAUCUCAUCCUCCUCCUCCUCCUCCUCUUCCUCCUCUUCAAACCCAGAAUCCAGCUGGACCGACGGACAAAAACAGACUGACAAGAGAGCAAGACGCAGAGAGUUCAGAGAGAGAGUGGGAACAUGUAGAUUGGUCCAUGCAUGCUGCAGAGAGCAGAGGUUUUUGCUGAUGCGUGGAUGCGAGUGAAUGGGUCUGGGUGUGUGUGGUGCUGAACUGGGUCAUGCAGACCACUGGAGGAGCGAAAGAUAAACACGCACCCUCCUCCUCUUCCUCCUCCUCCUCCUGCUCCUGCUGCUGCUUGGCAGGUUGAGAUGGUGAUGGUGGGCGCACAGAGGAGGGAUCCCAGCCUAUGUCCUCCUCAUCCAUCUCAGCCUCCAGCGAUCAGAUGAUGCUUUAAUCCGCCUCCGAAAGAAAAGUCACAAACUGGAAGGAAGCAUCUCCAAAGAAGCAGGACAGCUCAGCUAUAGGGGAUCCUCUCUUGUGCAUCAGCAGCAGCAGGCUGAGAUCUCAUCGGAGCUUGUAUCAGCUGUGAAACUGCAAAGGUUUUUGAGUUUUUAAAAAAAAAAUGGACCUGCAGGUUUUUUUUUAAGCACCUAGACUUGAUCGAUAACUUUGAAAGGAGGAGAUCCAUCCAUCGGUUUCCUGCAGGAUGCAGGACCAUGGAGGAGAGAGACAGGUCGCCAGCAGUCUGCCACACAGCGUCAAGGCGAGCCUGUCUCUUUCUCCAUCUGGGCCGGGACGGGUGGGCAGCGGCGGGGGCUCCCCUACGUCCAAGAUGGGCUACUGCGGAGCAGUGCCCGUGGAGGACAUGCAGGCCUUGGCCAUCACCUCCCUGUCGGCAGCAGAUGUAGCCAAACAGUAUGAGCACAUCCGUGAGCUGGGGAAGGGCACGUACGGCAAGGUGGAUCUGGUGGCACACCGGACACAGGGCACCAAAAUGGCGCUCAAGUUCGUUACCAAGAACAAGACGAAGCUCAAGAGUUUCCUGCGGGAGUACAGUCUAACCGGCUCGCUUAGCUGCAGCCCUUUCAUCAUCAAAGUCCUGGACGUGCUCUUUGAGACGGAGGACAGCUAUGUGUUUGGACAAGAAUAUGCCCCCGCCGGGGACCUUUUCGACAUCAUCCCCCCACAGGUGGGUCUGCCAGAGGAAAUGGUCAAACGCUGCAUGCAACAGCUGGGCUUGGCCCUGGACUUUAUGCACAGUAAAAACCUUGUGCACCGGGAUGUCAAACCUGAAAACGUGCUCCUAUUUGACCGCGAAUGCCGCCGCAUCAAACUGGCUGACUUUGGUAUGACCCGACGCGUGGGAUGCCGUGUGAAACGGGUGAGCGGCACCAUCCCCUAUACAGCGCCGGAAGUGUGCCGCGCUAGCCGUGCUGAGGGUUUCCUUGUCACCACCAGUCUGGAUGUGUGGGCGUUUGGCGUUCUGGUCUUCUGUAUGCUGACAGGCAACUUCCCUUGGGAGGCAGCGCUGCCGGCCGACGCCUUCUAUGAGGAGUUUCGCCGCUGGCAGAAAGCUGGGUGUCCUGUGGGGACCUACCCAUCUCAGUGGCGCCGCUUCACCGACGAUGCCUUGCGCAUGUUUCAGCGGCUGCUCGCUCCUGAGCCGGAAAAGCGCUGCGGAGUCAAGGACGUCUUCUGCUUUGUCAAGUACGAGCUGGUCAGUGAGCUCAGGCGCAGAGCGUCUUGCCGAGCCAAGAGAGGCGAGAGGUCGAGCUCUGGAGUGUGCACCGGCAGCUGCACUUCCUCCUCUACUUCCACUUCAUCACGUUCCUCCCACAGACACCCCGAGCCCUCCACCCCUCCAGGAACAUCCUGCCUUCGCCCGGCGCCGCUCAAACGCAGCGUCCUGUCUGACCCGCUUUCUCCCAGAGAGGAGCCUGGACAGCACCAGUCUCCAGGCCGAGACAAGAACAAAAGCCAGAUGGUGAUGGCAACUGCCAUCGAAAUCUGUGUCUGACCCACGCUAACGUUAUCAGUGGAGACUAGAUGGCUUUUCACAGUAAUAUCAAGCUGUGAGGAGGUGUUAAUGACUACCGCAGAGACUCCAGUGAAAGAGGAGAAGUAGCCUACUUUAACCAUGAAAGAGAAGCUCAGGAUCACAUCCCCGGCUGUGGAAAUGGACAUCAUCAAUCAGCGGCGCACACUUGGAUAGCUUACCUCUGGCACGUGCCGUUUAGGUUUUGAUUUGUGACCAAAGACUGCUUCCCAAGCUGAGUCUGGUGAUGUUGCUCAUUCUGCCAUCCAGACAUUUGUGUUUUCUGUCCAUACACUGUGGUGGUGCUAAUGAUUCUAGAUACUCAUAAAAAAAAAUGAUUGUCUUUUCUCACUCAUCACUCCAUGUCUCUUUACUUGUGUUCAUGUCACGUCUCUUUACUAGUGUUUAUUUAUCUCAGAGUAUAAGCUCCGGUGAGGCCAAAACUUCAUCUGAUCCGGUGAUGCCGUUCAGUCCGAGGCCAGUGAUCUGAGGGCGAUCUACGCAACUUCAUUCGACUGCCAUUUCUCCGACUUCCUGCCAACUUCCAGUGCAUAAAAUGUGUCUUUUUCAAGAGAAAGUGUUAUAAAAAUAGAAAAAAAGAUAACCUUCAUGUAGCAGUUUGUAUGAGAUGUGUUUUCAUGUAGGUGUCUAGACUUAGAGACAGUUUCUCAGAGAUAGGCAUCACCUCAGGACACUUCAGUGGGUCACUUACUGUUUUAUUAUUAAUGGAAAUCCAUUGACUGGCUGAAACACACAUCUACCACUUUUGAACUGCUCUCAAUGAGAUUCAUUUCCAAUGUAACAAAAUAGAGUACAGGGAUUUUCUGAGUGAAAAAGGGUGGCGAACUAAGAAGAGGAGAAGAAAAUGUCUUUUUAUUGUUUCUUUUCUACCUGCUGUGUGUGUUUGGAUGUGUAUGUGUGUGUGUUUCAAAUGCUAAAGCACAAGAUUUUUUGUAAAGGAGGAGAACUCUAAUUGAAAUCUAUGACUCUAUAUUGUAAAUAGUUUGAUAUUUCUAGGAGCGCACCAUAUUAUCAGGUAGUUCAACUAUGUAGCGGUACUCAUUUUUUACGACAGGGUUUUACAGUUACUGUCGGGGCAAUGCACUGUAUGUAGCAACAAAACAUGACAGAAUGUACAGUAUAUCACAACACAUUAAAUAUAUAGAAAUAUGAUCAAGAGCCUAUCACAAUGUAUAACAUGGUAGCAGCAGCUGUUUUUUUCUUUUAUUGUUUUUGGGUUUAAUCUGAACUGAACCAAGUUUUCUUGUCCCAAGUGUGACACAAAUUGGUGAAUAGACGCCACUCAUUUCUGUAUCUUCCUGUCACCUCAUCAUGAGCAACAUCCAUUUCCUGUGUAAAAUCAUCGUGAUUCCCGGUUGUCAAUGAGUACAUCCCAUUCUGUCUUCAUUCAAUCAGUAAAAGCUACCAAGGGGCUGCGUUGCAAGUUGACACCUACGCAAAUUAAUUUCCCAGCAUCACAAAAGGUGUUCCAAUAUUUGAUUAUCAAGAUGCAACGUUAACACACAAUCCCGACUGUUCAGUAUAGGUUGUCGCUUCCCUUAUGUUCACCUUUAAUUUAAUCUUCCUGCCUCUCUCUCUCUGGGAAUUCAUCCAAAUACAUCCCUUGAAUAGCAGGGCCCAGGUGUUUACUGUCUGGAGGGAUGACCUCCGUGUCAGCUAUUAAUGUUCUGCGAGCUGAUGAUUGACCCCGACCAGCGCUCCGCUGCAGCUUCAGCUUCAGCUUCCAAAGAGAUGCUGCUAAUUAUGAAAGCAUCUAAAAAGCAGAAUGUGUUCAGUGUGAAUGCUUCAAAGCGUGCUCAUUACCAUUAUUUUUCUUGCUUGAAUUGCGUUACCGCUAUGUCAGUCAGGUGUGUGCGUGUCUAUGUCCGUGUUUUGUGUGUGAACGUGUGUUUGUCUUCACUUUCCUUAUUUCCCCACACCUCCCAUGACAGCCCAUCAGCUCCGUCGCUAUAGUGACAGUGCUCCUCUGGUUCGCCUUCUGUCCUCGUCUUGAAACUCAAGUCUAAUUGAGCCCAAAUGAAACAACUGGUCACCAACCUCCCCUCCCAGUCACCCACAGCUCCCCAUGACAGUUGCUUAGCUUAUUAUACUGGAUGACAUAUUUCUGCAGAUAUACACUUUCCUGUAUUUAAUGAGCCGGUUCACAGACCAAAGUCUUUAUUCAGUCUCAUCAGGCAUAAUCAAAGCUCUUGAUGGUCCCUAUCAUUUCCCUCGUCUCUUUCCAUCCUUACUCUUGAUUCUGCAAAGGUGACCUGAUUGAGUCUGAAGACUUGUCAAAGUAUUGUAUACUGAGAUGCUGGCUGCCUCAUAGGAUCUGUCAAAGGGUUAUCCAUCAGUAGAUUGUAGUGGAAUGUGAAUUAGCCCUGCACUACAUCUCGCUAUUCUGUUUGUGUGAUAAUGAAGGAUCUACAUAGUAGAAAAGGACAGGGAUUUGAUGGAUUGCGAAAUUUAACUUAAUGCAACAUAAUGUAACGUAACGUAACAUGGCAUGACAUACUUCAAAAUGUUAUGUAACGCAACAUUACGUAAAGCACCGUGACAUGAUGAGUCAUCAUGUCAUGUCAGUCAACAUAACGUGACAUCAGACAAUGCUACAUAACACAACGCUACAUAACUCAACAUAACAUGACGCAUCAUGACAUGACGCAACAUAACAUGACGCAACAUGACAUGACGCAACAUGACAUGACUCAACAUCAAAUGACGCAUCACGACAUGACGCAUCACGACAUGACACAUCACGACAUGACGCAACAUAACAUGACCCGACAUAACAUGACCCGACAUAACAUGACCCGACAUAACAUGACCCGACAUAACAUGACGCAACAUAACAUGACCCAACAUAACAUGACCCAACAUAACAUUGCGUAACAUGACAUCACACAACAUAACAACCCAUCAUAACAUGACCCAUCAUACUAUAACCU